ACGCGAAGUCUAACAACAAAAUUUGCGCACAUUUGGGUUGUUUAGGUGGAGGGGUUGUUGAUGGUGUGAGGGAGGGGACGGAAAUUAGAUCAUCAACAGUUUCACUUUUCAGUCUUUCAAGCAGCAAUGCACUAAGCCUUCGUGAUCUUUGAUUCAUAUGGCCGUGGUUUUAUAGUCCUGGCAAUUCCGGAAGCUCCACAGUUCGUUGGAAAAUAGUGGCUGAGGUCCCACCAUGGAGUACCUGCUCUGCUGGCGACGCUGCGCUGCCUCGCUGCUGAAGCGCUCAUGCUCGCAGACCAGGCAGCUGAACGCGGUGCUGCAGUCGGCGGCCGGUGGUGGUGGCGCGCGCCGCGCGGCGUCCGGCGGCCCGCCUGACGCCGUCCGCAUCGUGGAGGUGGGACCGCGCGACGGCCUGCAAAAUGAACCAACCGCCGUGCCAACGGCCGUCAAGGUCGAGCUGAUCGAGCGGCUGGCGCGCGCCGGCCUGCGCUCUAUCGAGGCGGCCAGCUUCGUGUCGGCGCGCUGGGUGCCGCAGAUGGCCGACGGCGCCGCCGUGCUGGCGGCCGUGUCCCGGCCGGCCGGCGUCCGCUACCCCGUGCUGGUGCCCAACAUGCGCGGCCUGCACGCCGCGCUCGAGGCCGGCGCCGACGAGGUGGCCAUCUUCGGCGCCGCGUCCGAAGCCUUCAGCCGGCGCAACAUCAACUGCUCGAUCGACGAGAGCUUCGCGCGCUUCCAGCCGGUGGUGGAGGCGGCGCGCGCCGCCGGCGUGCGCGUGCGCGGCUACGUCUCGUGCGUGUGCGGCUGUCCUUACGAGGGCGCCGUGGCGCCGGCGGCCGUGGCGGCCGUAGCGCGACGCAUGCACCGGCUCGGCUGCUACGAGAUCUCGCUGGGGGACACGAUCGGCGUGGGCACGCCGGGCGCCGUGCGCGCCAUGCUGGAGGCGGUGCAGCGUGAGGUGCCGGCCGGCGCGCUCGCCAUCCACUGUCACGACACGUACGGCCAGGCGCUGGCCAACAUCCUCACCGCGCUGCAGAUGGGGGUGCGGGUGGUGGACGCGUCGGUGGCCGGGCUGGGCGGCUGCCCGUACGCGCGCGGCGCCUCCGGUAACGUGGCCACGGAGGAUGUGGUGUACAUGUUGCACGGCUUGAGCAUCGAGACGGGCGUCGAGCUCCCAGCUCUGGUGGACGCCGGUGCGUUCAUCUGCGAGAAGCUCAAUCGGGCCAACAUGAGCAAGGUGGCGCAGGCGAUGCUGGCCAAGCGGGCGGCAGAGACGGCGGAGAAGUGAGCGCGCGAUGGCGAGGUGGCUGUGAGAUUAUGGCAAGGAUUGGAAUGGUGCUAAUUACGGAGCAGUCUUCUGCCGAAUUUAGGGCGGUAGAUUUAAAUGUUACCCUUCCUAGCGGUGUUUGUAUGACGUUAUCGUGCAGCUCUUCUGCUUUUGACGGAGCACAAUAUUGGCCUAUCUCACCUCCUUUUCAGAAUGUGGGAUCGUUAGCCUGGUGAAGUGAUGCGAUGGUUGUGCUGUUGUCUUCAGACUGUUCCCUCAAGAACCCGUUCGUUAGACCUCUCAGUUUAUGUACUUUUAAAUGUUUUGAUGCGCUUAAGGCUGCCCCACUCCCAAGUGAAUAUUUUUUUAGUCGGUUGCUGGAAGGUAGGUUAUGGCUUUGUGCAAUAUUGUUUAUGUGCGACGCAUUACGCCUAGAUUACCUGUUACACAAUAGAUCGAUCAUCUUCCAGCAUUUAGACCCGUCCGUCCACGAAUAUAUGUAAUGAGUGCGAUACAUAAAGUCAAUCGA